GUAUAUUUUAGUUAAAAUAAUUUAUUGAUAACAAAAGAAAAUCAAAAUUUUGGUAAUCUUUUGUAAAAUAAAUAAGAGAUGAACAACAAUUCAAUUUUAGUAAUAUUUAAAUAUUUACUGUUAAUUAUGCCAAAUGUCACAAAGAAUAUUCUUAUGGAAAAUACAAAAAAACGCUUAAAAGAAUUAUUUUGUUUAAUGGAUAGUGAUAUUGAUGGUUAUUUAGAUUACUAUGAAAUGAAAGCUGCAUUAAAAGCUUUAGGUUUCCCAGUAAAAAAAUCUUAUAUUUUAACCAUAAUACGAAUGUACGACAAGCGUGGUUAUAAUAAAAUUUGUUUUAAUGAUUUUUAUUAUGUUGUAACAGAAAUGUUAAUUAAGCGGAAUCCUAUAGAUGAAAUUAAAUAUGUUUUUAAGUUAUUUAUAAACAAAUCUUCAAUCAAUAAAAUAACAUUGGAAGAUUUACAGAAAUUUAAUCAAAAACUUAAAUGUAAUCUAAUUAAUGAAGAAAUGGAACUUAUGAUAAAAGAAUUUGAUUUGGAUCAAGAUGGUUCUAUUGAUCAAAGUGAAUUUAUGGAUAUUAUGAUGGAUUUUACAAUUUAAAUAACUUUUGUUUUCUUAUUGUAAACAUAUUUAUAAAUAAUCAUCACAAUGAAUUUUGGAAUUAAUUGGGAAGAAGAACAUAGACAAACAUUAUUAGAAGGAAAUGCAACAUUGGAACGAUCUUCACAAUCUAUUAGCAGAUCUCAAGCAAU